GUGAGGACCACUACUUGCAACUAACGGUAGUUCACCGCUGCUGCCGGGAUUUGGUAAGUUUCCGGUGUAUCAAAUGAAUUGUUUGAAGGGGUAUAUUUUGUUUUGUUUUUUUUUAAAUAAAAUAUACAUGAAAUUCCGUCAUGGGAGUUGACAUUUUUCACACAAGAUACUUCCAUUCGGACGUGCCUCUGCAACGAGUUCCGAUCCAGAUUUUAGAUCUGGGCGCCCUGCAUACGCUCCCUCCGUUCUUUACAUCAGAAUGUCAAAUGUCGGAUACUGAGAUCUCGCUUUCUUCUUUCAAACUUCAUUUUCCGUUGGUUCUUAUAGAGUGCACCAAAACCUCUCGACUCAAAACACUUUCACUCCCCUGAAUUAUCAUCCCUCUUCCUUCGCUUCCCCCUUACCGAUUAGAUGUCGUUGGAUCAUUAUCCAAUCCUCACAGACAGACGUUUUCAGCCCACAGACAGACAGUCUUACCAGUUACAUGAUUUAACUCCCCCGACCCACUGGAACUACCAAUCCUCCAGAUCACAAAAUGAAAUCCCUCAUGAUUAUUCUUCAUCCUGGAACGUCAAUUUACUCAAUAAUUGGUCAAAUGACGUCCUACCCUCAUCCUCCUCUUCCUCAUCCUCCUCUUCCUACAUGCGCUACCCACAAUCCAUUUACACAGAACGUCAUUUACAAUCAUCAUCUCCAUCAUCCUUUGAACGCCAAGCAGCUGCACUCCAACACCGCUCCCCAUCAGUAGCUUCCACUUUCAAAUUCGACGAUUCUUCUUCUUGGCCCGCAACUCUUUACACUUUGGAUGACAGAAGUACCCCAUCCCAUUCCAUACCACCAACAGUCACUAGCACAUCUCCUUCCGCGCGUGCUUCUUCCAGAGCUUCAUCAUCUAGAUCACCUCCCGUCAAGCUCGAACAAGAUGAAGUUUCAAGCGCCGAUUGCUUUGUCAUGGAAUUUGCUACCGCUGUCCCAGCUGCGCAGGAUAGCGCCUCAUUGGCUCCCCCAACUGAAGUACCCUUGCGCGCGACCCAAGCAAGCAAGGCAAUGCGCAAAAUGAUGGGCGUCUUUCGCCUCAAUCCCUUCUCAAUGCAUGAGGGUGGUGGUCAGGCAAUGAGCACCUGGAUGGGCGAGGAUGCAGGCCCCUUGGACGAAGAACCUCAGGUCUUCGAGUUCCAACUCGACAUUGGCUACCGCGAUCCAGAUGAGGAGCUCGAAGAACAACAACCUUCUCAACUUCACACUCUCGUAGAGGUUCCAGAACCUGUCCAAGAUGAAAACACGAGGUGGGCGGAGGGUGACGACUCUGAGCUAUCAUACCCCACACAUAACACUUGGGCCACCAACGACACCCCGUGCCACUCAUACAAUUUGCCAUCGCUUAGGUCAUAUAAUUCGCAUUCCCACUCCCCUUCGCUAUCUUCUGCUUCGUCGCGUAAAACGCCCUUGGAUAUGUCUGCCUCAGAGUAUUCGGGCCCAUAUACACUCCAUGGCUCUGGCAGCUGCGGUUCUUCCACGGAUAACCUUCCGUCACUCUCAUCUAUGGCGCGACGUUGGUCUAUUCCUGCCAAUCUACAAGCACCAUUCAUGAUAUAAAGUAAUCAUCAUCAUCAUCAUUACGAUUAAUCAAAGCGCCGGUAGCGCUCAAGUCUCGGAUCACUGUUGCAGCUUGUUCUGCACUUUGGAUGGCCGAUCGGGUUGCUUGUUUUACUUACAUACACUGUUGCAUUUUCUUGUUCUUGAUCAUCUUUUAUUGUCUUGGGUCGUUCUUCGCUCACGGACAGAACUUCAAAUCAAAUUUCUGGCAGGUUGGAACGCAUGUAAUAUAUACUCUGCAAAAUCAUAUGAUACCAUUAUUCCCCUUUGUUGCCAAGUAAACCCUUUCACGUCACGAUCGUAUCUCCGCCACUGUGCCUCUGCAUGGGCUAGUUCGCUUCACCACUCAAAACCGAUCCUCUAAUC